AUGAAGACGCCUCGCACCCUCCUCCUCCUCCUGGCUGCCGCCGUGGGCAGCUCCCGCGCGGCUCCCUCCCAGAAAAUGGGGCUGCGGUUCAGCGCCGAGGCUGUCCGGAAUCCCAAAGACCGUCACGUCCUCCAAGACGUAAAGCGCGUCGCAGACAAGUUCCUCGACGCGAAGACGGUGGCUGCCCUGGGGUCUGCCGUGCCGCAGCCAGGGGGCGACAACGCCACCGUCGUGACGAGCCCCGAGCCCAACGACGGCGGCUAUGACAGCCUGUAUCUCACCCAGGUCAGCAUCGGCACGCCUCCCCAGACGCUCCAGCUGGACUUUGACACGGGCUCGAGCGACCUGUGGGUGUUCAGCGGCGACACCAACGCGAGCGAGGUCAACGGCCAGACGCUCUACCAGCCCGGCGGCAGCUCGUCGGCCGAGAAGCAGGAGGGAGAGACGUGGGCCAUCCACUACGUCGACGACAGCACCUCGGGCGGCAUCGUCUACACCGACGUCGUGACGAUAGGCGGCGUCUCGGUGGACGGGCAGGCCGUCGAGUCGGCCCAGAACGUGUCGCAGUCCUUCAGCUCCGACGCCCAGAACUCGGGCGUCCUCGGCCUGGCCUACGACCAGGGCAACACGGUCCGCCCGGACAAGCAGAAGACGUGGUUCUCCAACGUGCUCCCCAGCCUUGCCCAGCCUCUGUUCACGGUACGGCUGAGACACCAGGCCCGUGAGUAUCGCCCUCUCUGUGCAACAUGGCAAACGCGCGCUGACCAACCCGCAGCCGGGUCCUACAACUUUGGCUACAUCGACGAGUCGCAGUACACGGGCAACAUCAGCUACACGGACGCUUCGACCGACGACCUCGGCCACCGGCUCUUCUCCUCCACCGGCUACGCCGUCGGCAACGGAAGCUUCGACGCCACCGCGUUCAAGGGAACCGCAGACACGGGCACCUCGCUUCUCGUGCUCCCCCUGCCGGCCGCCGGGACGUACUGGGCCGCCGUCCCCGGCGCCCAGCGGACCAGUCUCCCGAACAACGCGGGCUACGUCUGGCUGUUCCCCUGCGACGCCGCCCUGCCCGACUUUGUCUUUGGCGUCGGUCCGUCCGGCCGGAUCACCGUCCCCGGCAAGGACAUCAACUUUGGCGUCAACGACGGCUUGACCUGCAUAGGCGGCAUCGGGUACUACAGCGGCCUGAACGGGCUGGCCAUCUUUGGCGACGUCGCCCUCAAGUCUGCCUUUGUCGUCUUUGACGAUGGCAACAACCGUCUCGGCUGGGCCAAGGGGCUGUAG